AUGGUAAGACAAAAAACCAAAAAAGGAGAAACCCCACACUUGAAAUCUGACCGGGCCUUUGAGGGGACAACCACAAAUGUGGGAAAAGCAGUCUUGGCAGUAUAUAGUGGCCUCUUUGCAUAUGGCGGCUGGAAUUACUUGAAUUUUGUCACAGAAGAAAUGAUUGAACCUUUUAAGAAUUUACCUCGUGCUAUUAUCAUCUCCAUGCCCAUAGUAACAGUUGUUUACGUAUUGACCAAUAUGGCAUAUUUUACUACCCUGUCUCCUGAGUUAAUGCUAAACACAGAAGCUGUUGCUGUGGAAUUUGGUAAUAUCCACUUGGGAGUGAUGGCCUGGAUUGUCCCUGUAUUUGUAGGACUCUCUUGUUUUGGUUCUGUCAAUGGAUCACUCUUCACUUCAUCUAGAUUAUUCUUUGUGGGAUCGCGAGAAGGUCACUUGCCCAGCCUUCUGUCUAUGAUUCACCCAACACGUUUUACUCCCUUGCCAUCAUUAAUAUUUACUUGUUGGAUGACUUUGAUGUACGCAUUCUCUGUCGACAUAUACUCUGUCAUUAACUUCUUCAGUUUCUUCAACUGGCUAUGUAUUGCAUUAGCCAUUGUCGGAAUGAUGUGGCUACGCUACAAGAAGCCAGAAAUGGAGCGGCCUAUUAAGUUUAACAUCCUGCUGCCAAUCUCUUUUGUGCUAGCCUGCAUCUUCUUGAUUGUUGUUUCUAUCUGGAUGACACCUGUUGAAUGUAGCAUUGGAUUUGUCAUUAUCCUCUCUGGACUUCCAGUCUAUUAUGUUGGCGUUUACUGGAAAAACAAACCCAAGUGGCUCUUGAACAUAAUCUAUUCUGCAACUGUUUUCAGUCAAAAACUUAUGGAGGUAGUACCUCAGAGUUCAUAAUAAAACAAAUUGAACUCCUUCAGAAAAACGCACAAAGAUUCAAGCAAUUGAGACGUUGUUACACACUCCAAAGUCAACAUUUUAUUCAUGGAAACACUUCUCAUAACUUCAAUUUGAGGAUUUAGUCAACCACUUCAAAAUUGGUUGAGAAAGCAUCACAUGCUCCUUUCAUUAGAAAGGGAGUAAAUGGUUGAGUACUAUACUGGGUGAAGAGUAUGCAAUGUGUUUUGGUGUUUGUAUAAAUAUCCCUCUGUGAUUAUUUGUGCAUUGGUCAAAGGCUACUGAUGGUGGAUGCAAUUCUGAAAUACCUUCAUGCCUGCAAAACUGUCUUAACUGUGGACAGGGCUAAAAUUUAGGAAUUACAUGGGAGAGAUUGACUGUUUGUUGGAUCUUAGACAAUCUUUGUUAAUAAAUAUAGCUAGUUUGUUCAUUUAGUUGAGAGGAAUUAGAAAAAAAAAUACUUUUUUUUUAGCCAAGAUGUUGUGGUUCCUUACACUCAGAGACUGACCCCUAGAACUUCAUGAAGUAUUUCUUUGUAUUGCAGUCCACUUUUAUUUUCAAGUUUGUGUAUAAUGAGUAAUUAAAUGAAUGCAAUGGCCUAUAAUAACUCCCAACUGUUUAUCCAAAAAGCAACAAAACUACAUGUAAUAGAAGGCUCAAUAUCUGAUCUGUGUUCUCAAUGAUAUUAAUAUGAAGCAAUAACACAUAAACUGUCUUUGUCUCUAGUGUCAUGAAAGGAAUACUGGUAAGGUCCUUCAGUGAUUCUUAUUGAAAGUGGUUGGUAAGGUUAAAUGUUGUGUUUGCAGUAUUGGGCUAGGCUGUGAUUGAACAGCUUGCUGAUAAUUGCAGUCAAUGUUUACUAAUAAAUCAUAUCUCCAUUAAUGGAAGGUUCUGCAAUGUAACCAGUGCUUGUGGAUCCAAACACAAGCAGGACAGAAAACUUCAAGGUUGCACCCAAUGGUGCUUUAUAUUACAUUGCCUGAAAUAAUGUGGUUAACGGAAGGACAUUUCAUUAGUGUUCAUCAUGUGGGGCCAAAGAUCUGGUCAGCACAUGAGCCAGCACUAAUACCCUUCCAGGCUCAGCAGCUCAUUCAAGCUUGGGAAGUCCGGUCCUUUUCUCAGUUACUUUGUUGUCGUUUCUUUGUAUGGGGCAAAUGCAGAUUCUGCCCCAUAGAUGGCAAAUGACCCCCACAAUUUUUUUUAAUUUCAGCCUUAAAUGAUGAAUAUGUAAAUACAAAGUCUUUGCAUCCAUAGUUUUUAAAGAUUUUGUUUUGCAUUUAUCUUAUCAGAUUUUCUGUACCAACAAUACCUGAUGAAGGAACUGACUUUUCAACACUGUUUAUUAUUUUUACAUAUUAGAUAAUUAAUACCUUAACCCAACCGAUCCUAGAUAAUAUAAAUUUUCUUUCAGUGGAAUUGCCCCCCUGUGGCAGUCUAGAUGCUGGAAUCAUUGAUGCUGUUCUUUGAGCUAUCUCAACAGUCCAGUAUCUUUUUGAAAUUAGUCUAAUCAACAUAGUAUAAAUUUAUCAAUGCUUGUCUUUGAAGCUGUAUUUGUUUAAUAUUUUUAAUUAAUAUUAAAAUAUUUGAGCUGUAAAUAAGUUAAAUAUAUCAUCCAGAAAGCCACAGAUUAAUUGUCAUAUAUAUAUAUAUUGUCAUGACCUUCCACUUUGUAAUAUCUGAAAGUUUAUGGAGCAUUAAUCAAACUGAACAUUGUGCUCUGCUUCUCAUUUAGUUUA